AUGAUGGGCCCCGAUUAUGAAGGCGGUCUAGCUGGUGACCGCAUUCAUGGGCAUCCACCGCCGCUGCCCAACGAUGGCAGCUAUCAGCUCGAUCACGAACGACUUAACAUGACUCCGAGUCCAUCUCUAUUGAAUGGAAAUUACCCACCGCCGAAUCGAGCUCCUGGUUCGCCUUCCCUUAGUGCUCACGGUGAUCUAAGACAGGGUGAUCCGAGGCAGGGUGAUCCAAGGCAGGGUGAUCCAAGGCAGGGUGAUCCGAGGCAAGGUGAUCCGAGGCAAAGCGUAGAGCGUAACCGAUCUCGAGGCCGGAGCGGAAGAACAGCAAGUGGACAGCUUCGCGUUUGCGCCAAGUGCGGCGAAUCUCUAACCGGGCAGUUUGUGCGGGCACUAGAGGGGACCUACCAUCUCGACUGCUUUAAGUGUCGGGAUUGUGGUGAGAUUGUAGCCUCCAAAUUCUUUCCUGCGGACGAUGAAGAGAACGGCGGCCAAUAUCCACUUUGCGAGACGGAUUAUUUUCGACGACUAGGUCUUUUAUGUUACCAAUGUGGUGGUGCUUUGCGUGGAUCCUACAUCACAGCUCUCGACCGCAAGUACCAUAUUGACCACUUCACAUGUUCGCUAUGCUCGACCGUUUUCGGGGCUCAGGACAGUUACUAUGAGCAUGAUGGAAACGUCUAUUGCCACUAUCAUUAUUCGACACAGUUCGCUCAACGAUGUAAUGGCUGCCAGACUGCUAUACUGAAGCAAUUCGUUGAGAUAUUCCGUAAUGGGCAGAAUCAGCAUUGGCACCCUGAGUGUUAUAUGAUACACAAGUUUUGGAAUGUCCGCUUGACACCGCCCCACGAAGCAAAAGAGACUCGUCCAGAACCCGUAGACGCUGAGGGCCGGGAACUAGUACGACAAGAGGAAGAAGAUAUGGAGAACAAGGUUUAUCGAAUUUGGAGCGUCUUGUCAACAUUCGAAGAGUCAUCAGCGGCGUGCAUUUCAGAUAUGCUUCUUCACGUUAGUAAUGGCGCAUAUUUGGAUGGAGUUUUCGUCGCCAAGAAAUUCAUUAUUCAUGUGGACAUUCUCUUCCGAUCCGCGGACCGACUUGAUAAGACGACAAAGAGGCUUGAGAUGAACGAUUUGUCGUACGCCCGAGAGUCGAAACUUCUGUGCAAGAAAAUUGUGGCCUUCUUUUCGCUAUUAUCCAAGACCCAGGAAACUGGUGUGCGAAAACUAGGUGUGACCCAGGAGUUAUUGUCUCUCGUGACAGGCUUGGCCCAUUACCUAAAGCUGCUUAUCAGAAUCUGUCUCCAGGGAGCACUCAGGGUUGAAAAGGAGCACCAUACUCCAGAUGCCUUGUAUCAGUUUCUUGAAGAUCUCAGUGUGCUUGAGUCGAUCAAAACCGACGAUGAAUCUUUGCAGAUUACCUUGGGCAUGUCAAGGCUAUCUGCCAAUGACUCCGACCAAUGCACUUUGUGCCGCAAACCGAUCGAGGAUGAAUGUGGUAUAAGUGGUGAUAAGAGAUGGCACUUAUUCUGCAUAAAAUGCGCACGGUGUGGCAGAGAGCUGAGCAAAGAGUCAAAUUUAGCUCGGGUGCACAGAGAUCAAAACAUAUUCUGCACAGAUUGCGAGACCCAAGUUGAGGGACGAGGACAGCCGCUAGAUCAUAUCACGAAGCUACAGCAGUACAUAUUCCUGUUGAAAGUCGCCUUGGCUAGGCUGCUAGAAAUCCUCCGAAGCAGUGGAGCCCUUCCAUACACUCCAGAAGAUCCGAACGUCAAUGGGCACGACACUGCUGAUGGACACCAAGUAACUGCAGAGGGAGAUCCCAUAGUGCUCAGAUCCAACUCCCGAUCCAAAUCAUUUGGCGGAGAAAGAGAGCGACACCAACGAGAAUCAUCCUAUGAAAAUACUCUUAAUGAUGUGCGUAGACUCAGAAGCACACGUCUCGAUAAACAUUUGUCAUCAAGCCUUAGAAAGGCUCGCACCUCAAGGAUAAUGGAUGGGCCAGAAGGCCGCAGCGUUCGCCCAGGAUCUUCUGGUGGGGAAAUGGGCCCUCGCAACAGAUCGAUGCAAAUCGAAGAGGAUCGCGAGCAAGGUGGAGGCGGCUCAACGGAACAGUAUUUCGGGCAUCAGGAUGCUUUAACCCUCGACGAUAUUCCUCGUAUCGUUGCGGCUGAACAAGCCCGAGAACAACAGCCUAACUCAUAUAGGGCUUCCCGUCAAGAAUUGUUCCGAUCUGCCACAGACGGUGCCUAUGGUAACAACGAUCGAAGCCUAUCUACUGGCCCUGAUGACGACCAAGGUUUCCUAGAUGAUCGGUUGCCUCUUAGAGAUGGGAGAAAGUUCUUCUCGGAGCUUUCUGGCCUGGAAUACUUCAUUGUCCGACACGUCGCUGUUCUGACGAUGCAGCCCAUGCUCGGACCAGAAUUCACGCUCGAGGAGUUGCUCAGUCUUAUCGAGGCGAGAAAGGCAACAUUCUGGAACAAAUUCGGCAAAGCUUUCGGCAAGAAUGAAGCCCGUAAGGUCGGCAAGAAGAAGGGCAUUUUCGGAGUUCCAUUGGAAUUAAUUGUCGAGCGGGAUGGCGCCGACUCUACAGAUGGCGUGGGCCCAGGUGCUUUACGUAUACCUGCCAUAAUCGAGGACACAAUCACCGCUUUGAAGAAUAAGGAUCUUUCCGUUGAAGGUGUCUUCCGAAAGAACGGGAACAUUAAGAAGCUCACUGAGCAGGUCCAAGCUGUUGAUAGGGAUGGCUGUGAUGCCAUCCGAUGGAACGAUGAAACUCCACACCAACUUGCAGCGCUCCUGAAGAGGUAUCUUCGUGAACUCCCAGAUCCAUUGAUGACACAAAAGCUGUACAAGGUCUGGAUAGCGGCCACCAAGAUCAAAGAUGCCGAGAAAAGGCGUCAUUGUCUACAUCUGACGUGCUGCUUGCUUCCACAGAUUCAUCGCGAUACGUUGGAGGUCCUCUUCAAUUUCUUAAAAUGGGUGGCUACCUUUCACCAAGUUGAUGAGGAUACUGGAUCGAGGAUGGACGUACACAACUUAGCCCGUGUCAUCGCCCCGAACAUUCUAUACACCAAUGACAAAAGCCCGAGCUUCUCGGACGAGCCUAUGACCGCAGUGGCCUGUGUUGAGGAACUAAUACAAUUCAACGAGGAAAUGUGCAUGGUUCCCGCCGAGCUUAUGGACAUCCUAAGUGAUUCGACGCUAUUCAUGAACAACGGCGAGAUCACAACCAAAGAGAUCCUCAAACGUAUCGAAACACGAGCUCUCAAUCCCAACCCUAGACAAUAUGACAACACUGAGUUUAUUCGACAGCAGGGGGAGAGCAAGAGACCAUUGGCUACUCGAGUCGCUACUGACCCUGCCGCAUGGCAGCAGGAAAGUAGCGCACGUCCUAUGCAAGAGCCGACAAUCCCUUUCACAACACCUCAAGGAACACCGCCGCAAAACUGGCGGAAACCAGAAGGUGGACAGCCACAAGGGAGCCAAUAUGAGCGGUCAGAUAGCCAGCAAAGACAUCCUGAAAAUGGCCAGAGGCGAGAGUGGCGCAACUCGGGUUGGGGCAAGCCGAGCAGUUCCGUUACAACUGGUACGGGUUAA